GAUUAUGUGACAUGUCAUAAAACAAUAUGAUAAAUGACGCUUGGAGACAACGUUAUCUAAUGUCUUCUUUACCGUGCUAUUUUUACGUUACAGUGUUGUGAAUUAUAGCCUAGUUCUCCGUGCAAAAAUAUCAGAAUAAAUUCAUAGCGUUGUGUUAGAUGUUUAAUGGUGUUCACUAUUCAAUUUGAAAUCCUUUUCUUCAGAAAAGUGUCACAAAAGGAAUUUUAUUAUGAACAUUUUUACCGUAUUGUGAAAUUUCUUCUCCGGAAUUAAUUGUUAUAAUGAAAGCCAGUAAUUACCUCAUUAUUUUAAUUAUAUAUAUUGUUGGUGUUCAGCAAAUUCUAGGCGGUUUACUAAGUAAAGGGAGAUUUAAAAGAUCAUUUCUUGGAUCGGACAAAGUAGAAAGGGCCGGGAGAAAAUGUCAUGACUUCUGCGCAAUGAAUCCAGAUCUUUGUCGAAACGGUGGUACGUGUGUCACGGAUGAAAACACGUGCAAUGGAAAAUGUGUUUGUGCACCGGGUUGGGCGGGUCGGUGGUGUCGCGAGCCGUUCAUAAUACCUAACUAUAGAGAAGAUUUAGUAAAAGAGAAUGAAGUUACGACUGCUAGUGAAUUAAAUGAUAUCGAAAACAAUCCAACGUCCGUAAAACGUGCACAUGUAAUGAAAAGCUCGAAAAUUGUAGACGAACUUCGAAAUGGCGUGGACGGUAUUUUAAAAGAACUUCGUGGUAGCUUUUUCACUAUGAAACCAUUUUUUUCAUCAACACUUGCCCCGGCGAAAAGAGCCGUUGUUGAAUCCUCAGAAAUCGAAAAUCCCGAUGAUGAUUGGACGUUAAGAAAAAAUUGCGAGAAAGUUUGUGUUAAAGGCGACUGUAUCAAAAUCAACGGCAUUUAUGAAUGUAAACCGCGGGUCAACGCAACAGAUACAAGCAUUCCUAGAGAAUGCGGACCUGGUUUUAAGUGCAAUCAUGGUGUUUGUGACAUGGAAGCCCUUAAGACGAACUCAUAUAAAUGUAUCUGUGAACAUAACUAUGUCGGUCAGUUUUGUUUAUUAAAAUGUCCUUACGAUUGUGGCGAGUUUGGACGUUGUGAUAUUCACGUCGCCGACAAUACGUAUAAAUGUUUCUGCCAUUGGAAUUACACAGGGCUCAACUGUUCCGAACUUGUUCCUGAAGCCGAAAUACCACUACCAGACGAAGUGAUAUUUCACUGGUAUGUUGUUGGAGUGUCCGUUGCUAUGGUUAUAGUUAUGAUAUCAGGAGUUUUUGUCGUAGCCUAUUUUAUGUGGAGACGUCGACUCGUUUUUAUGUUGAAAAUUGUGCACUACUUUCAACAAUAUGAGGAGGACGACGGCAAGGAAUAUGAUGCGUUUGUGUCGUACAAGUCUUGUCCUAGAGACGAACAAUUUGUGCUGCACCAGCUUUUUCCUAAACUAGAAGGCGAAUACAAGUUUAAACUGUGCAUGCAUUUCAGAGACUUCAUCCCUGGAGAAGCUAUUGCUAACAACAUUGUAUCGGCAAUAGAGAGAAGCCGGCGGACUAUAAUGAUUCUGACGCCGGAGUAUGUACAGUCGGAAUGGUGCCGCAUGGAGUACCAGAAGGCACAACAUGAGAUGCUUCAACUAAAACACAAAAUUAUACCCAUCGUUCUUGCUGAUCUUUCAGAGGUUAAGGACAUUGAUACCAACUUAAAAUCCAUCAUGAAUAGUGUUACAUAUCUAGAAUGGCCAGGGAAUGAAAAUAGUAAAAGAACUGAUAAAUUCUGGAAAAAGUUGGAACUGUCGUUGCCAAAGAAAUCAUCUCAGCAGAGUUUGCAAACACAGUCGGUAUCAUCAGAUUCAUGUAAAGGCCUGGUUCCGGAGGGUGAUUUAUCGUCAUCGGAAGUUUUAGUUUCUUCUAGCGUCAACUCUUCAGCUUCAUUACCAUUUGAUACUCGAUCAGGGGCAGAGUCACCAACACCAUCAUCAGAAGUAACUGACAAUAAUUCACCAAGAUUUCAGAAAAAUAAGCGAAAGGACUUCAAACAUUUCAUGGACAAACUGGUUCGUACAAAGUUGUUUAGUAGACAAGAUAGCAACAGUAGUCAAGCAGCACUAGUGGAUGACGAUACCAUGGCGUCUCGUAGCAGUUGCGGUUCGGUUUCUGAGAGCACACUUAGUGAGAGCACCGAGUCUAUUUGUUCAACUCCAGAAACAGGGCAUUCAUUUUUAAAUGGAAUAAAUGAAGACAUAGAAUCCAAUUCAUUCAUGCAUUCUGUGUACAGCGAUUCAGAUUUGAGAAUUGGUAAAGGGCAUUCUUUAGAUAGACGGUAUUUUGAUAGGCAUAAAAAGGUAAGUGAAAGGGCUAGUGAGAAAAUAAGACCAAGUAAAAGGUAUAAAGAACAGGUUGUUAGUUCUGAGUGCGAAAAGGACCAUUGUGAAGACGUUCAGUGUACAAAUUGUACAGAUAUUAGUGACAGUAAAUAUAACUCAGAAAGAAACUCGCAGGAGUUUAUAAAUAAAGGCUUUGAAGACGACACAAACGACAAUUUAGACUGUGAAUACUGCAUAUAUGAACGUAAUAGAUCGGACAAUAAUAGAGUGCGUAUAUCGGCAAUCGAAGGAAACGACCAGCUACGAAUUCAAAGAUUAUCAAGCGAACAUAAUGCAUGCCCAUAUUGUAAUCACGAGAUGAAUCGAUCUCAGGCUUACAGAGGUAGCGCUAAACAACACAAAGAUGCGAAAAACCUUGAAAUAAUGAAACAAAAGAUGAAACGUGUUGCAUCCUUACCUAGAAACUUCAAAAGAAAAGACAUACAACGUCAAGACGGUACAUUAAUUACUAGAGAUUUACGUGCUGGUACUCAUGCAAAGAAUGAGCAUACUGAACAUAAUUUUUACAUUGACGUAUGUGAAGAUGUGUGAAACUAAUAUGUAAAUGAAUGUUCAUUGUUAUAUAUGUAUAAAUGAUGCAUAAAGAUUAAUGUAUUACAUGUACGAUUAUAAAUGUAAAAUUUCACCUGAACUAAUUACGUUCAAAAAAACCUAAAUCCACGAAUCAUCUGCGACUGAUCCUGUUUAAAUAUUGGCGGACUGAAGAAACUUUUGAUCACUUUUGUGAGACUUCUAUGUAUGAUUUAGAUAGCAUUUUGUGAUUUAUGAUCAUAGAAUACAUUCUUUGCUCGGUUUUUUUAAUGUUAUACAUGUACAUAAUGAUUUUAUGUGUCUAAUAUGUUGAAUCUAUAAAUAUGUUGAAUCUAUAGCAAACAUGUUUUAUAACUUAAUCAUUGAAGAUUCAUGAAGUGUCUUUUUUGUAUUUUUAUCCGUAUUCUGUUUUUAUUAUUAUACAUGUAGAAAUGUAAUGAUGUUUCCGUUAAAUUGUACAAGACAACGAACAAAGAAAGAGAUAGGUAUUCGUAGAUACACAUAUAUGAAUCCUUUUAUGAGUACGUAGAAUAAACUAUUUCAAUUACUACCAACCACAUGUAUAGUAAGCAAACAAGAUAUUGAAUUUUAUGAAAAAGGCCAUUUGUUUCGUCUCACAUUAUUAUCUUGUUAUUUAUUCUAAAAGCUAACUUUCGAAAAUUUACAUCAUUCAAACAACAGCAUCUUGUAUAGAAUAAAAAUAUACAUAACACGUCUUGCUUGGGUUUAAUUGAUGACUGUUAAAACUAAUUACAUUUGCAAAUGAGCAAUUAAAGUUUGUGUCUCAUUCUUUUUUAUUUAUUACCAUGAAAAUUUUAAAAUCUAUGGAUGAAUGAAAAAGUAGGCGUUUUCUAUGUUUUAUGCUAAUUAGAGUCUUGAUGUAUAGCAGGGAGUUGUACUUUGUCCUUGUUUGUUUUGACUGUAAAAGUAACUUUUACUAUCAGUAUCAUUAUUAACAUUUGAUAUAUUCAUAAUCAUUUAUUAAAGAUUAUGAAAAAACAAAUGGAAUAAACAUAUUUUCCACAUGAAAGUGUUUCAUAUUGCUAAAAGGAAAAACAUACAGAAAAAUCGAUUACUUCUGUUUGUUACUGUGUUCAUAUUACGUGUACUUUACUCUUUAUUUCAUGUUUUAUGAUAUACAUGUAUAUAUUAAUUAAUGGCACUUUUAUUUCUUAUCUCACUUUAUCUUAAUGUACAUUAUAUUUUAACUAUAUAUUAUACUUAUCCGUUAUUUU